AUGGAUAAAACUUGGAUGCAAAAGAAUAGACGAAGCAAAGCAUAUUGGGAUGGUUUGCAAAAAUUCUUAGAUUAUGCAUUCCAGAAUUCAAGUAUAAAUGGGAUGAUAUUAUGUCCAUGUAAAGAAUGUAAGUGUGGUGUAUGUAUUACCAGGGCGAAUGCAGAACUUCAUUUGAAAGUUUAUGGUUUUGUUAAAGGAUACACCCAUUGGGCAGCUCAUGGAGAAUUUGUUUACUCUAAUGCACCAAAACCUACUUCCCAUGAUAUCUCACAUGGGGUACAGGAUGAACUUGAUGACAUGCAUGGUUUGGUUCAUGAUGCAAUGGGAAUUCCUGAACAAGAUUAUACAAGGAUAGAUGGAACUGAAUACAAAAGCCAAUUGCCCAAUGUAGAAGCUGAAAAGUUUUACAAUCUAAUUGAUAAUUCUAACAAAGAGCUUUACUCUGGAUGUAAAAGAUUCUCAAAACUGUCCUUUAUGAUUCGGUUGCUUCACCUCAAAUGCCUUGGUAAACUCAGCAACAAAAUUUUUGAUAUGUUACUUGAUUUGUUGAAAGAAGCCUUUCCAGAUGCGAUGGAUGGUUUGCCUAAGUCUUAUUAUGAAGCUGAAAAGUUAAUGAAGGAAUUAGGACUUGGGUAUGAUAAAUAUGAUGCAUGUCCGAAUGACUGCACUUUGUAUUGGGGGGUAGAUGCAAGAAGAAAGCAUUGUGAAACAUGUAAAGAAUCUAGAUGGGUUAAAUCUGAAAAUGAUCCGACUGGUGAGGGAAGAAAAAUACCGCAUAAGGUUUUAUGGCAUUUUCCCCUAAAACAUAGGUUACAACGCCUAUUUAUGUCCUCCAAAAUUGCAGGCCAUAUGAGAUGGCAUGCAGAAGGUCGUACUAAGGAUGGUAACAUGAGGUACCCUGCUGAUUCUCCAUCUUGGCAAACAUUUGACUUUCAUCAUCCAGAAUUUUCUCAAGAUUCUCGUAAUGUGAGGUUGGGCCUAGCAUCAGAUGGAUUUAACCCAUUCAAAAAUAUGAGUUCAACUCAUAGCACUUGGCCGGUAAUAUUGAUGCCAUAUAAUUUGCCGCCAUGGAUGUGUAUGAAACAACCGAACUUUAUGUUGUCAUUAUUGAUACCCGGUCCAUUUGCACCAGGAAAUAAUAUUGAUAUAUAUUUAAAACCUCUCAUAGCAGAAUUAAAGGAAUUGUGGGAUGUUGGAGUGAAUACAUAUGAUGCAUCCAGAAAAGAAAACUUUCAACUUCGUGCAGCACUUUUAUGGACCAUUAGUGACUUUCCAGGUUAUGUAAUCCUCUCCGGAUGGAGCACUAAAGGAAAACUUGCAUGUCCUGUAUGCCAUAAAUACACAUGUUCAUAG